AUGAUUCACAUCGAGCCAAUUGAGAUUGAUGAGCGAUCAUCAAAGAUGAUGCUACAUUAUCUAAAGAGGAAACAUUAUAUUAUAUUGGGAUCAGGAUUCAUAUUCCUAUAUAUUAUCUUUCUGAUAUUAGGCCUAGCCGGACCAACCUUUUAUAUUAAAGAGACGACACAACUCUCAAUAUGUCCAGAUGGAUUAACAUGCAUCAACAAUCCACCAAACUCCACAACACUUCACUGGACUGGUUCCACUGGCGGCCUCACCAAAUCGAAUCGCCUAUUAAAUGUCUAUGCUAUCCCACAUCUGAACGACCUUCAGAGCAAUCCAAAUACAUCAAUUCACAGUAUCACUCUUCAAAUACAUGUUAACCUUGUUGGCUCAGAGUAUGAAGAGGUCAAGAACAUAAGCUCGAUCGAUAGGAUAUUCUAUGGAUCGUGUAAAGGUGAUAGAUGUGAGGCUCUUUUACUGGCCUCGGAGCUGGGCAUCGACUUCCCCACAUAUUCGAUCACUGUUGACAUUGACCCAUCAUCAAACUCCAAUCUAACAUACGUGGAUCACAUCACUUUCGACCUGAUGUACGUCAAUGGUGCAUUCGCCCUGCUCGAGAUGAUCAGUCGAUUGCUCUUUGUUAUCAUCACAGCUGGUGUGAUCGCUGGCUUCAUCUACUCUCUGCGCAAACUUAACUAUCGCAUCUGGACACUCGAGCAACAGUUUGUUGUCAUCUUACUUGGUGCACUAUUCUUCUUUAACAAUCCAAUCUUCUUGCUUAGUCUCAUUACAUCGGGAGCAGGAUUCAGGACGAUCGAUGACUUCUUCACUGAUCUGUUCGUCACCAUCCUAUUCUAUUUCUGGUUCGUCAUCUUUGAUGGUAUUCGAAAGAAUGGAACAGAGUUGAAGUUUACCAAGUUCUACUUGCCCAAGAUCAUCCUGACAUCAUUAUUCUUCAUUUCAUCACUGAUUACAAUGAGCUCCCUUGAGCACGGCCUCAAGACUGACCCGUUGGCAGACCCAACAGGUUUGGCAGAUGUAUUCGCAUUGGUAUCAGUGAUCAUGUUGGUAAUAUUCCUAUUCUACUUGGUGUAUCUGAUUGCCAAGGGAUGGGUUAUGACCAAGACACUGCCAUUCAUCAAUAUCCGUCUGCGAUUAUUAUUGUUGCUCAGUGUGAUUGUGGUCACUGUACUGGCAUUUGGCGUGAUGUUCAGUCUUAUUGGCUCGGGUGGUCGGUCCUCCCUUACAUUCUUCUCCUUCUACGGUCUGGCCAAUCUCUAUAUCUUUGCCCUCACCAUCCUAUAUCUACCACAUCCAAACUCUGAUAUACUUUACCAAUCCACAAUGUUAAGGGAUGGAGCAGAGAUGCCACACCUUAAGCUUACCGAGCGUGAAGAGGAAGAGUUCAAUGAAGUCUACCUGUAA